AUGUCCGCCGGAACAGAGGCUGCGGAAUCCGCGAGCACGUCCUCGCCCAGCGCUGCCACUGAGCUACCCCCGGCUCCAAACGGCCCCGCCUUCGUCACCCCGGCCUCAUACCUGCGCCCUCCUCCUGCAUCGCGCCCCUCGCAAACUCCCAAGGUGCUCACGCCCACCGACAAGGAACAGAUCGAAGCUCUGCGCGCGAUUCGAGCCUUCCUCAAAGUCCGCACGAGCUACGAUGUCCUCCCGCUCAGCUUCCGCCUGAUCAUAUUCGAUACUUCCCUGCUCGUCAAGAAGAGCCUGAACAUCCUCAUUCAGAACGGAAUCGUGUCCGCCCCGUUGUGGGAUUCCAAAACCUCCACCUUCGCCGGCCUGCUCACGACGUCCGACUACAUCAAUGUCAUCCAGUACUACUGGCACAAUCCUGACGCGUUGGCGCAGAUAGACCAGUUUCGACUCAACAACCUACGUGACAUUGAAAAGGCCCUUGGUGUCACGCCCAUCGAGACUGUAUCCAUCCACCCGGAAAAACCGCUGUACGAGGCAUGCCGUCGGAUGCUGGAGUCCCGGGCCAGGAGAAUUCCGCUGGUCGACAUCGACGAUGAAACGCAGCGGCACAUGGUCGUCAGCGUCGUAACUCAGUACCGCAUUCUGAAGUUCAUCGCGGUCAACGUCAAGGAGACGGAAAACCUGAAGAAGACGCUGAAGGAAAUCAACGUGGGGUCGUACGAAAACUUGGCAACAGCCUCCAUGGAUACGCCGGUCAUGGAUGUCAUUCAUAUGCUGGUUCGGAAGAGCAUCUCCAGCGUUCCGAUUUUGGACAGAGACGGCGUCGUCAUAAACGUGUUCGAGUCGGUCGACGUCAUCACGCUCAUCAAGGGCGGCGUGUACGACGAUCUGAAUCUCACGGUUGGUGAGGCGCUGCUCAAGCGCAACGAUGACUUUGCCGGAAUCUACACGUGCUCUAUGUACGAUCGCCUAGACACCAUCUUCGACACUAUUCGCAAGUCUCGUGUCCACCGGCUGGUGGUUAUUGAUGAGAACAGCCACCUGAAGGGGGUACUGACUCUGAGCGACAUACUGGAAUAUGUUCUUCUGGAGGGCGAAGGAGACGAGGCCCCGUCGUAA